UGUCAAAUAAAGCUAUUUACUAUGUAUCAACAGGCGCGAGAAACCGGCUCGAACACGCCAACCAACGAUGCAAAUGCUAUCUCCUCCCAACAAUUCGACAGUCGCCAAGCAGAAAGAAACCCGGCCAGAGCGGAAUUGGCAGAAGUAUAUGUACCACCUCUUCUAGUACAAGGAUAUAGCAAUGGCCCCGAUUUGGAUGAAAUUCAAAAUGCACGCCAACAUAAACCGAAAGGCUCAAGUGAACCUUCUGACUCGGGAUAUGGUUCUACAAAUAUUACCUUCGAAAACUCUGAGUCUCUCCGUCAACUACAUUCCGAGACACGUACUGAUGAGAACCCAUCAGUCAACGUGGAUGUAGUCGGAAAUCUCGGUUCUCAGACUGCUACGAGCCAAUAUCCCUCCUUUGGUAAUUCACAGACAAAUCAAUCAUUCGAUUCCUUCCCCCCAAGCUAUAUUCAAGAUACCCAGACAUAUUCUCAGCCGGACAAUUAUUUCACUCAGACCUCUGAUGUUGAUAUUUUUCAAGACCUAUCUUUCGAUUGCACACCCUCUCUCGACCCUUCGCAAAGUUUCACGUCUCCUUGGCCUCCGAAUUUCGACGAAGAAAGCUCCACAUUUCCGAGUUUUGGAGACGCACCGCACACUCAGUAGCAGCUCUAUGGUGAGGGGUCUCAUGUACAAAAGAAAAUGCGGUCCUCAUGUUGGCUUUAGAAGCAAUUCGUUAUAUUUUUG